AUGGUUGCAUUUUCCCACAUUCUCGCUCUGGCUGCCUUGGCUACCGCUGCUCCGACAUGCGGCGGCCAAUAUGCACGAAUUAGCCCUUCAGCUAACUCUCUGGUCGUUGAUGCUACCGGCAAACAAGCCAACAGCUUCACUACCCUUAACGAGGCCGUCCAAGCCCUGAAAAACAUCACAGACGAGCAGACGAUCUUCAUUAUGCCUGGUACAUACACCGAGCAAGUCCGGAUUCCCAAUUACAACGGACCUCUUACCAUCCAGGGCUACACCUGCGACGCCCGCUCUUACCAAAACAACCAGGCCACUCUGACCAACAACCUGUCGCGUACCGUUGCCAACAUUACCAGCAACGACCAGACCGCCACUCUCCGUCUAUGGGGAGACAAUAUCAAGAUCUACAACCUCAACAUCGCCAACACGUUCGGUCAGGCCAAUAAGAACGGCCAGGCUCUUGCCAUCAGCGCUCAAAAGACGAAUCUCGGCUUCUACGGCUGCAAGAUCACCGGCUACCAAGACACUAUCUACGCGAACGAAGGAAGACAAAUUUAUGCCAAGUCCUUCAUCAACGGCGCUGUCGACUUUGUGUUCGGCCUCAGAGCGGCCGCCUGGUUCGAGACCUGCGAUAUCCAGACCAUCGGUCCAGGCUUCAUUACCGCCAACGGCCGCGACGCCGCCAACAAUACGUCCUUCUACGUCUUCAACAAGGCCAACGUCACAGGUACCAGCGGCCCGGCGUCAGUCACUCUCGGUAGGCCAUGGAGACCGUUCUCGCGCGUCGUCUUCCAGAACAGCGCUCUCAGCGACGUCGUUAAGCCCAUUGGUUGGUCAACCUGGGACAACGUUCAAAGCACUGACAACGUCUUUUAUAAGGAGUACCAGAACACUGGACCUGGUGCGGAGGGUGUGAGAGCGAAUUUUAGCUCCAAGCUGGAUGCCCCUAUCGACUCUGUUACCGUUCUGGGCGAAGGAUUCGAAAAGGAAUGGUGGGUGGACGCUGGCUACUUGUAA